AUGGCUAGUAAAAAAAUUCUUUUAAACGAAAUAGAAUUGUUAAAAGAUGAUAAAAAGGACAAACUACUGUUGAAACAGCGAGGGAAUAAAAAUUUUACUUUUGAUGUAAUAGCAGUAACUGAAACAUGGUUGGAUAAGGAUAAAGAAGAAUUGAUCAACAUGAACAACUAUAAAUUUCUUGGCAAAAAUCGUUCAUUUAAAGCUGGAGGUGGCGCUGGUUUUUAUAUUCAAAAUGAAAUCCAAUAUACUGUGAGAACAGAUUUAAAUAAUCUAAAGAAACUUGACGAAGUGUUGAUGAGGGUCAGUAAUGAGAAUAAACAAUCAGUGCUUAUGGGAGACUUUAAUAUCGAUAUGCUUAAAGAAGAGAAUAACACAAGCAACAGUUUUCGUCAACUCAUUUUGUCAUUUAAUAUGCAUCAAAUGAUUAACAUGCCUACAAGAAUUUCUACAAACAGAUUUUGCAAAACUGAUUCAUCACGAAAUGCUAAAAAGAUGAUCAAACAAAGACCUUGGUUAACUAAAGAAGUUACAAAGAUGUUGAAAAAUAAAAAAUAUUUGUUCAAAAGAUAUAUAAAAAAUCCAAAUAGUUAUAGCAAACUGAUGUCCAAUGGGCAGCUCUUGGACUCACCUGAAGAAUCAUUAAAUAAAUAUUUCACAGAAUUGGCUCAAAAUUUACGAAAUUCAUUGCCAAAGAGCUCUAUAUGGAAAGAUAUGAUUAUAAAAACAGUGAAUGUACCAAAUUCAUUUUUCUUAUUGGAAACAUCGUCUUCAAAGAUUAUUGAAGUUACUAAAUUGUUGAAGAGCAAAUCAUCUUAUGGUUAUGAUCACAUUCCGAUGGAAAUAAUGUUCAGCCAUUACUACAAUUACUGUAACGCUAAGAGAAGAAAAAAUUUUUUAAAGACGAAUAAUUCAAAAACAAAUAUGCUCUUCAACCAUAUCAUAUCCAAGAAGCUGGAACCACGUUUUACAAAUGGGUUUUCCUGUGGAUAUCUUUAA